AUGUCUGCCUUGGACUUCAUUAGCUUCGGCCCCGUGCCUUUGCUGAGGAGUUUUGUGAGAAUGGGCUUAUCACCUUCAGUUUAUGGCUUGUCCAAACUGGGCUUUAGCCCGCCGACCCUUGAUUACCUGAACAUUGGCUCAGCAACGUCUCCCAGAGGGCUCAUGCAUCUUGACCCUCUGUUGCUUGCCUAUGGGGUGACGCGGCCUGGCUUCUCUCCCUUGGCCUUGGACCUCAUCCGCCCAGGCUCCUCGAUGUCCUCGCAAAGCUUUGCACGCUUGGGCAACCAGAUGCUUCCCUACGGUCUUGCACACCUCGGCGACAGGCUACUCGCACUGGACCUUGUGAACAUGGGCUCGUUUUUGUUGGCAAGGGAUUUCGCUCACCUUGGCUCAACUCCUCCCAUGCGAAGCUUUGUCCACAUGGGUUUGUCCUUGUUGCCCUAUGGGCUGGCGUGCACUGGCUCCUUGCCUCCAACACCUGACCUUGUGGGAACUGACCUGCUUCUGUCCUUGCAGGGCUUUGUGUGGCUCGGGUUGCUCCUGCCUGCGUGGGGAACAGCACGAAUAGGCCCACUGCCUUCUGUGUCGGACUCUGUGCACCUGGAUCUGCCGUCUUUUCUCCAGAGCCAUCUUCGGCCUGGCCUGACUUCAUUGGCCUACGGCUGCACACAGCUUGACUUGCCUCUCCCUGUGCUCGACCUUGUUCAUAUCGAGCCCACGCCCCCGCUUCAAAGCCAUGCUUGCAUGGGCAGCUCUCCGCUGAUCUAUGGCGUGAGCUGCCUGCCGCCGCCCGUCUACGGCUUCUCACAGCUUGGCCCUUCAUCGCCACUCCUGGACUUUACUCACGUGGGGUCCACCCUGCUGCCGCGUUCUUUUGUGAGGCCCGAGUUCUCCUUGUCCGCCUAUGGCAUUGCAAGGCCCGGUCCUUUCUUGUCCACAUUGGACUCUGCGGCUCCGGGCUUUUCCUCCUCUUUACAAAGCUUCUGCUGCCUCGGCUCCUCGACUUUAGCCUCCGGCGUCGCAAAGCUCGGACCUCCGACUCCAGCGCUGGACUUUGCAAAUUUGGGCUCCCCGUUUUUGCCGCGUGGCCUGGUGUGCUUGGGCUCGGUUCCGUCGGCCUCUGGUCUGACCAGGCUUGGCUUUCCAACCUUGGUCUUGGACUUUAUCCACUUUGGCAGUCCGAUGCCCCUGAAGGGCCUUCUAAGGCUUGGUAGCCCCCUCUUGGCCUACGGCUUCAGCUGGCCGGGCCUACCGGUGCCACUGCCAGACUUCGUGCACCCCGAGCCGGCCAUGCCCUUGCAGAGUCUCUUGUGGCUCGGUCCUUCAACGCCGCUUUAUGGCAUGUAUAGACUGGGUUUGAUGCCCCUGAUACUGGACCGUGUGCACCCCGACUUUCUUCUGCCCUUGCAAACCUUUCUUCGGACCGGCAGCACACCAUCAACCUUCGGGAUGUCUUGGCUGGGAUUUCUGUUGCCGGCGUUGGACCUUGUGCAGCCUGGCCUGCUCUUGCUCCUGCAAGGCCUCAUCUGCAUGGAGCUGUCCCUCUCCACCUUUGGCGUGAGUCAGUUGGGAUCGCCACCUUUUGUGCUCGACUCCCUCCAACUGGGACUCCUGAUGCUUCUGCACGGCCUUGCCCAAACAGGACCUUCUUCGUCGGCUUACGGCUUGGCUUGGCUGGGCUUCACUCCUUUGGUGUCGGAUCGCAUGCAUCCUGGUAGCUCCUCACCCUUAAGGAGCCUCUUUCGACCUGAGCUCCUGCUUUUGGUCUCCGGCAUGUGCUGCUUGGGCUUCCCCUUGCUGGCCACAGACUCUGUGCAUAUUGACUUGCUAACGCUGCUGCAAACGCCUUGUUGCCCUGGUCCUGUCCCGUCCGCUUACGGCCUGUCGUGCAUGGACCCUCCACUGCUUGCCUUGGAUUUCUUGCACCCAGAGUUGUCCUUGCUAGUACACGCCUUCUUUCGCCUCGGCAGUCUGCUGCUUGUGUGUGGGGUUGCCCGAACUGAUCCAAGCCUUCUAGCGCCGGAUCUCGUGCAUCCCGGGCCCUCCCUCUUCCUGCACUCCUUGUUGCAGCUGGACUCCAUUCCACCAGCAUCUGGCGUGGCCCGCUUGGAGCCCUCGCUUUUCGUACCGGACUCUGUUCAGCUGGGACCUUUGAUGCCCCCUCGUGGCUUCCUGCGCUCAGGGAGCCUGACGCCAGUCUACGGCAUCGUGUGGCCAGAAAGUUUGCCGUUGCCGCUGGAUGCCUUCAGCCUGGGACUCUCCACGCCCGCACGUAGCUUCUUGCACUUAGGGCCGCCCCCUUCCAUCUACGGAGUCACUCGUCCAGGCUCCUUUCUGUUUGCCCUGGACUCCGGGCACUCCGAGUCAUCCUUGAGCUUGCGGGGCCUCGCACACUUGGACUUGCCACCAUCUGUCUACGGAGUUACUUGCCCAGAGCCCUCGCUGCUUGCAUCGGACCUUGCACAUCUGGGCCUUUUUCUGCUGCUUCGGGCGUUCUUGAGGCUUGGAUCUUUUUCAUCAACUUACGGGUUGUCGAAUCCAGGCUCACCUCCACCAGUGCCGGAUUUUGUCCACAUCGGGCUGCCACUCUCCCUUCAAACGUCCUUCCACCUGGGCUUAUCUAUGUUGGCCUUUGGUCUGAGUUGGACGGGGAGUUCGUUGCCUGUUUCGGACUUUUUGUCUUCAGGCUCAUCCGCCCCUUUGCAUCACUUCAUGCGCAUGGGAUUUGUGAUGCCAGCAUAUGGAAUCGUCCGGCCUGGCCUGACUCUCCCUGUCUUGGAUGCUGCCUGCAUGGGAUUUCCGGCAUCUUCGCGAAGCUUCGUGUGGCUGGGCCUUCUUUCGCCCGCAUUCGGGUUAUGCUGCUUGGGAUCGCCUCCGCCCUUGCCAGACACGAUCAGCCCUGGCUUUGCUCUUCCUGUGCAGGCGUUUAUGUGCACCGAAAGCAUCCCACUUGUCUAUGGCUUAUGCAGACUCGGCUCAUUGCUGCCUCUCUUGGACUUCAUCUCUCCAGGCCCGAACUUGCCCCUCAGGUCACCUGCACACCCUGAUCCUAUGCUAUUGGUCUCUGGAAUUUCGCGCCCAGAGUUUCUAACUUCGGUCCUGGAUCUCGGACACCCCGGAUUUUCAACUUUCCUGCAGAGCUUCAUAUGCUCUGACAGCUCGUGCUCCGUGUACGGCAUCACGAGCCCAGACCUUCUUGCAUCCAUGCCUGAUUUCUGUCAGAUGGGGUCGUUGACACUCCUGCGGAGCUUCUUGCAACUUGAGCUGUUUCUGCCAGCAUAUGGCCUGACAAAGCCGGGAUUCUUCCCUCCAGUGCUGGACUUCAUCCAUCCUGCGCUGCUGUUGCUAGUUCGCGGCUUUGCACAGCCAGGCUUGACCUCGUUGGUCUCUGGCAUAUCACGGCCGGACUUGCUCUUGUUUGCUUCGGACCCUGUUCAGCUUGGUUUAACCUCAUCCCCGCAAUCCCCUUGUCGAAUGGGCUUGACCUCGCCGGCUUAUGGCAUCUCUCAGCUUGAGCUCCUGCCGCUUGUGCUAGACCUCGUGAAGAUGGACUUUGUUCUGCUGCUGCAUGCCCUCUGCAGAGCCGGAAGCCCACUCCUUGUCUCUGGAUUGGCUUGGAUCGACUCCCCUUUGCCAGUGUUGGACUUCGCCCACUCAGACUCCUUGCUUCCGCCGCGCACCCUCCUGUGCAUUGGUAGCUUUUUGCUGGUCUAUGGAAUCGUGCGGCCAGGCCCGUCAACGUCCAUGCCAGACCCAGCCCACGCGGAGCCAUUGCCAUCAACUCAAGCGCCCUCUCGCCUGGGACUUGCUCCACUUGUGUACGGCCUUUGCCGAUCGGACAGUUUGCUGCUUCCCCCUGACCACGCAAACUUGGGCUUUUCUCUGCUCCUGCGAAGCCUGCCAAUACCACCAUUGGACCUCGUGAACUUAGAGCUCUCCACAUUUCCCCGAGCCUUUGUACAACCCGGGAGCUCCAUGCUUGCGUAUGGCAUUGCUCGCCUUGACCUGCCACCCUCUGCACCAGACCGUGCCCACUUCGACCUCUUGUUGUUUCUGCGUUCCUUCAUGCGCACUGGCAAGCCUUCGCCAGCCUAUGGGACAAGUUGCUUAGAUUUGCCCCCGUUGGUGCUCGACUUUGCAAUCGCUGGUCUGUCCUCACCUUUGCAUUCUUACUUGUGCUUGGGGUUCCUGCCAUCUGCCUACGGCAUGAUGCAGCCAGGCUUUCCGCUGCUUGCCCUGGACUUCAUCCACACUGAGCCGAGCCCGCUUUCGCAUGGUCUCAGCUGCCCAGGCCCAACGCUGUCAGCCUCUGGGGUGACAUGGCUAGGCCUCUCUUUGCCAAUCCUUGACUUCAUUCUGGUCGGCCCGCCGCUACCUGCACGCAGCUUCGCACAUUCAGACUUUACUCCGCCGGCCUCCGGCAUAGCUCGUUCAGGCUCCUUGCCUCCAGCCUCGGACCUUGCGCAGCUCGAGCUGCCCCUGCCACCUCAAAGCUUGCUUUGCCCAGGGCCACCUAUGUCUGUGUACGGAAUGUGUCGCUCGGAGUUCCUGUUGCUCAUGCUGGACUUCAUUCACACAGGGCCACUUUCACCCACGCGGAGCUUUAUCCAGCUUGGCCUGACCUUGCUACCUUAUGGAAUGACCCGACCAGGCCCUUUGUCUCCCAUGCUGGACUUCAUUCAUAUGGACUUCCUCCUGCCUUCAAAGGGAUUUGCAUGCCCUGGCUCGCUGCUACUCGUGUUCGGAAUCACAAGGCCAGGACCUUCCCCGCUUGUACCGGACUUCUCCCAUUUUGGUUCCUCGCCGUCCUUGCGGAGCUUCAUGUGCGCCGAGUUCUUAAUUCCGGUCUACGGUCUCAGCAACCUGGGCUUCAGCCUGCCGGUUCUGGAUUCCGUCCACUCGGGGCCUUCAGUACUCCCGCGAACGACUUCUAUGCGGAUGGGAAGCUCGCUUCCGGUGUCUGGAAUGACGAAGCCGGGACUGUCUACGUUGGCCUUAGACUCUAUUUGCUUCGGCUUCAGCUUGUUGCUUCAAAGCUCCAUGUAUCUUGAAUCCAGUGCGCCAGCUUAUGGCUUUGCCUGCCCCGAGCCACUACUGCCAGCACUGGAUUUCGUGCUCCCCGGUCUUGCUCCGCCUGUGCGGAAUAUGUGCCAUGCUGGCAGCGUGCUAUCCUUCUUUGGGCAAUGCCGAGCGGACAGUGCCUCGCCAGCACCUGACCUUUUCCACUUAGGCUUGAGCCUGCUGUUGCAAGCCUUCGCUCAGUUUGGUCCAAGCCCCUCGGCUUAUGGAGUCAGCUGCAUGGGCUUGUCUUCGCCUGUCCUUGACUUCGUCCACUUAGGCUUUCCGCCGUCCCUGCAUGGCCCCGCUUGCCUGGGCUUCACUUUGUCACCUUAUGGCAUGACCUGGAUUGAACUGUCGCCGCCAGUUCUCGAUUUUGUGCAUCCAGACUUUGCCCCAUUGCCGAGAUGCUAUUCUCGUCUUGGGUUCCUGCUUUCGUCGCUCGGCGGGUGCUGCGCUGAAUGCACUCUGUUCGUCUUGGACUCCAUGCACGCAGGGCCCUCGCUUCUCAUGAGGAGCCCUGCCAGAUUGGAGAGCCCACCUUCUGCUUUUGGCAUGACUAGGCCAGGAUUCCUUACAUCAGCGCCGGACUCUGUAGCAACGGGCUUGAUGUCAUCUCUGCGAUCGUUUGUGCAUGUUGACCCUUCAAUCUUGCUGAUUGGCGAGAUUUGCUAUGGAGGCAGGUUCUCUAUCUUGCAAUUUGCAAACUUUGGCAGCGCGCUGUCUCUUCAAAGCCAUGCGCGCCCAGGCCCUUUGCCUUCAACUUAUGGCAUGUCCAGGUUGGGCUUCUCACUUCCGACCUUGGAUCUUAUACAUUCAGACUUCUUGCUUUUUCUGCGCGCCUUUGUCCGAAUGGGCUUUUCUUCGUCAGUCUACGGGCUGUCAAGACCCGACAGCACAACGCUUGUUUCAGACUUCAUCCAUCCCGGAUCCGUUACUUCUUUGCAGUCGUAUAGUCACGUGGGCAGUUUGCUGCCAACUUACGGCUUGAUGAGGCCUGGGCUCCCACCUUCACCCUUGGAUCUAACGACAAUGGGCCUGCCCGUGCUCAUUCGCAGCCUCGUGAGGCUGGGACUCGUCCUGCCUGUCUACGGCAUCUCGCUCACGGGUUCAAGCCUGCCGGUGCUGGAUUCCAUCCAGAUGGGCCUUCCGCCACCCAUUAAGAGACCGGCAACUUCCGCCUACGGCCUGACCCGAAUGGGAUCCAGCCUCCUGCUUUUGGACAUGGUGCACCUGGGUCUGUUGCCGCUGCUCAGGUCGCUCCUUCAAGCAGGAAGCUUCAUGUCCACCUACGGCAUGUCAAGCUUGGGACUGCCGAUGCCAGCACCUGACUUCUUGUCCUCGGGGCCUUUAAUGCCACCGCGAACCUUUAUGAGGUCGGGCUUGUCACUUUCAACCUACGGUGUCGCCCAGCCUGGCCCACUGCUGCCCACGCCGGAUUUUGUGCAAACUGGACUUGUGCCACUCCUGCGAAGCCCUGCGUGCACAGGGAGCUCCGUGCCAGUUUAUGGGCUGGCCUGGACAGAGCCCUUGCCUCCAGCGUUGGAUCUUGUCUCCUUAGGCUUCUUCAUGCCUACGCGGACGCUUUUGCACAUGGGCUUGUUCCUUCUGGCUUACGGCAUACUUUGCUUGGGUUUGAGCCUGCCUCUGUCGGAUUUUGUGACCGUGGGCUCCAGCCUGCUUCCAAGAAGCUCCCUGCAACUGGGGCCAUUCUCACCGGCUUCUGGUAUGACGCGACCCGGACUUGCCUUGUUUGUGCCGGAUCACUGUCAAUUCAGCUCGCCUUUGCUUCUGCAGGGGCCCGUGCGACCAGACUUUACCACAUCCACGUAUGGCCUGGCCCUACCAGAAUCUUCGUUCUUCGUCUCGGAUUGUUGUUCUGUCGGCUUCCCGCUGCCUCCUCAAACUUCUCUGAGGCUGGGCCUUUUCAUGCUUGCCUAUGGGUUGUCGUGCUCAGGCAGCCCUUUGUUGGUUUUGGACUUCGUCAGCACGGGCUUCUUAACGCUUCCCUCCUUCAGCGCUGGAUCCUGCGCAGCUCGAACUGCCUUCCUCUUUGAGAGCCCUCGUCUGAUCAGACCGGGCAGCCCGUCUCUGGCUCUGGACUUCCUGCAUCCUGGGCCGGUGACACCACUGCGGGCUUUCAUGCGACCCGGUAGCUCCUUGCUGGUCUACGGCGUCGCACGCUCGGGCUCCACUUUACUUCUGCCGGAUUCCGCAAACUUGGACCUGGCAACGCUUCUGCAAAGCUAUGCGUGUUUCGGUAGCUCGUUGCUUGCGGUAGGCAGGGUUCGGGCAGACAGCUGCUUGCCAGUUCUUGACUCCAUGCAUCCUGGCUUGCUGCUGCCACUCCAUAGCCUUGCGUGCUCAGGGUUUCUCUUGUUGACCUUCGGCAUAACCUGGCUUGAGUCAUCGAUCUUUACUCCGGAUCCUGCGCAUCUGGAGAGCUCUCUGCUCUCACGCAGCUACUGUCAAACCGGCCUUUCUCUACUGGCCUACGGCCUCGUCAAGCUCGACUCACCGUCAUCCGCUCCGGACUACGUUCACAUCGGACUAACCUUGCCUAUUCGAAGCUACGCGCGGCCGGGAUCUUCUCCUUCAAUCUAUGGAUUUUCCCGCCCUGAGUUGACACCAUCAACCUUGGACCUGGUGCACGUGGGAUCGCUGAUGCCGCUGCGAACCUUUUUGAGGCUUGGGAGCAUGCUGCUAGCCUAUGGCUUGGGUCGAUCGGGGCCGCUCUUGCUGGUGUCGGAUCUUGUCAUGGCCGGCUUGCCAUCACUGCUGCAAAGCAUGAUGUGUCCUGGUUUGCUUCUGUUCGCCUAUGGCCUGACACAGCCAGGGCUUCCCUUGCCAGCGCUGGACCUCAUCAAGCUGGGCAGCACGAUAUCUCCGAGAGGUUUGUCCACUUUGCUCCCGGACUCUGCAUCCUCAGAACCAACGACUUCAGCGCGAGGCUUCGCCCAGCUGGGUUCAACUCCCUUCGUUUUUGGCCUGAGUCGCCUGGACUUGCCUCUUCCCAUCCUGGAUCUCACGAUGCCUGGUCCAAUGCCUUCAAUUCGGAGCUUCAUGUGUGCUGGCUUGUCGCUCCUCGCGUAUGGGCUCUGGCAGUCAGGCUUGCUGCUGCCGGUGCUUGACUGUGCUGAGAUAGAACCCUCAUUGUCGCUUCAAAGCCCCUUGCGGCCUGAGUCGACCCUUCCAGUGUACGGCCUGACAUGUCUGGGCAGUUUUCUUCUUGCGCUUGACUUCAUUCACCUUGGGCCAUUGAUGCUUCUUCGCUCCUUCCUUCAUCUGGAGUCCUUGGUGUUUGCUUACGGCAUUUCCCGGUCAGGCCUUAGCUUGCUUACGCUGGAUUCUUCACAGGCAGAUUUGCUGCUGUCCAUACGAAGCUCUGUGCGUUCAGAUCUGAGCUUGCCUGUCUACGGACUCUGUAAGUUAGGCCUGCCCUUGUCGAUCCUGGAUUUUAUUCAUUCAGGCUUCUCCAUCCUACUGAGGACAUCUACGCAUCUGGGCUUGCCAUUGCUUGCCUGGGGCAUGAGUAGGCUCGAAUCCCUGCCGCUUGCUUUGGACUCUGUGAAUGCAGGGCCAUCCCUGUUCUUAAGAACUCCCAUGCGCACCGGACUGAGCCUUCCAGCUUACGGUCUAUCAAAACCUGGACUCUUGCUUUCUGUGUUGGACCCUGUGCACAUUGACCCGCUGCCACUUCUGCAGUCUCUCUGCAGAACUGGCUUCACUUCACCUGCAUUUGGGCUGACGCGAACUGACUUCCCCUUGCCCGCCCUGGACUUUUUGCACCUUGAGCCUCCCCUCCCCUUGAGGAGCACUGGCCCGCCUCUCUUGCUGCAGGCAUCUUUGCACCUUGGCUUUCUGUCGCUCACCUACGGUGUGACCCGAAUGGGCCCCUUGCUGCCUCCGCCUGAUCGUGCGCACCUCGGACCCCCAACGCUGCCCCGGACAUCCCUCUGCAUCGGCCUCUUGAUGUUUUCGUUCGGCAUCAACUGGCCUGAGCUGUCCUCACUGGCGCUGGAUUCCGUUCAGACCGGUCUUGCUCCAUCCUUGCGCAGCUUGGCCCACUUCGGCUUGACUUUGCCCGUCUACGGCAUGUGCCGACCUGGCCUGCUCAUGUUGGUCUUGGACCUUAUGAGCUUGUGCCGGCUUGGGCCUCCUUUGCUGGCCUACGGAAUGGCUUACACGGGGCUAUCGCUCUCGGCACUCGACCUUGUGCACUUGGACCCAGCUCUGCUCCUUCGGAGCAUGAUCCACAUGGACAGCACGCUGCCUGCCUUUGGCAUGGCUUGCUCAGUUUACGGCAUCACCCGACCAGAGUUGCCGAUGCUGGUCCCCGAUUCCGGCCAUUUCGGGCUCUCGCUGCUGCUCAGAUCUGUUGCGCGCCUCGGCUCGACUUCGCUGGCCUUUGGUAUGACGCGGCUCGGAUCUUCACUGUCUGCCUUGGACUUCGGCUGGUUCGGCUUCUCAGCACCGCCCCGCACCUUUCUACGAGCAGGCUCCGCGUUGCCAGCAUAUGGCAUGACCUGGGUGGGCCUGCUGCUGCUCGUGCUGGAUUCUAUACACCCGGGCUCCUUCCCGUUGACGAGGUACUUUGCUUACCUUGGAAGCACCUUGCUGGCCUUUGGGAUGUCCUGGCCGGGCUUGUCGCUUUCUGUGCCAGACCUCGUGCAUCCUGACCUGUUGGACAGCUUGCUGCUGCCAUCGGACUCCGUCCAUGCGGACCCAUCUCUGCUUCUCAGGAGUUUCGCGCGCUGCGGCCCAUCGAUCUUGCCCUACGGUUUUGCGCGGCUCGGUCUUACACUGUUGGCUUCGGACUGCGUCGCUAUCGAACCUCCGCUCUCAUUGCACAGCUUCUUCUGCAUGGGCUUCGUGCCUUUGGCCUGGGGUGUGGCAAGGCCUGAUCUCAGUUUGUUUGUAUUGGACUUUGUGCUCCCCGACUCGUCUAUGUUUCUGAGGACCUUCAUGAGACCUGACUCCUUUCUGUCGGUUUUCGGGCUGACUCGCAUCGGACCAUCCCCUUUUGUCCCAGACUUUCUCAGCCUCGAAUUCUCUCCCCCAUCGAAGACAUCCUGCCGCAUGGACCUUGCAAUGCUUGCAUAUGGCUUGACGUGGAUGGGCAGUGCCCUGCCCGUCUACGGGAUGAGCUGCCUUGAGCUGCCCCUAUCACUGCCGGACUAUGCUGAAACUGGCUUCGCUCUGUUUUUGCGUGGCCUCCUCUGUUUGGGCCCCACGCUGCCAGCUUACGGCGUCGCAUGCUUGGAGCUCACCCUGCCCACACCCGACCUAGCACACCCGGGCAGCCUGCUGCCUCCCCAAUCGCACAUUCAGCUUGGUUCCAGUCUGUCGGCCUACGGCCUAGCCUGCUCAGAGUUGCUGCUUCCGGUUUUGGAUCCCGGCAGCAUCGCUUUUUUCUGCUCGGGGCCUCCUUCGUCAGUGUACGGUGUCUCUCGGCCCGACCUGCCGCUGUCUGUCCUGGACUUUGUGGCUUUGGACUCGGCAACAUUCAUGCGAAGCUGCCUCUACCUCGGUCUGCCGCUGUCCAUCUUCCAAAGCCUGCGGUACGGCUCCACGAUGCCAACCCUGGACAGCGUACAGGUCGGACCGGGAAUUCCAGUGCGAGACUCUUGCCGCUCGGAGCUGUUGACUUCCGUCUGCGGCGCGACAUGCACUGCACCUUCAUUGCUAGCGCUGGACCCUGUGGUUAUUGGUUCCGCAAUGUCAUUUAGAUCCUUCUCUCGGCCUGAUUUCGUGCUUCCUGCGCCAGACCUUGCGCAUGCCGGGUUUUCCUUGUCUUCGAGAAACCUCGCCCAAUUUGACCCCACACUGCUCACUAUGGGCUCGAGCCGUGUGGAAUUGAUGCCUUCACUUCUGGACAGCGUUCACUUGGGUUUCAGUUUGUCGGCACGCAGUGUGGCAUGCCCAGGACCCAACUUAUUCUCAUCCGGCAUGAUCUGCUCUGACUUCCUGCCGCCGGCCCUGGACCAUGAAAGUCCCGGUUUGCCUCUACCUUUGCGGAACAUGGCGCGGCCAGGGUCUUUCUUGUUGGCCUUCGGCGUGACCUGGUCCGGACCCUUCUCACUGGCUGUGGACUUUUUGCACUCAGGAUCCUUGUCGCUGCCCCGGGGCCAUGGCCACACGGCUUCAUCACCCUCAACUUCUAGCCGCGUGGCGUUGGGUUCGUUCGUGUCGGUCUCAGAUCUUUCAGAACCCGAGUCGCCGCCUCCUUCGAGAAGCAUGGGAUGCUUGGGGCCUGCUCUACUGGUGUUUGGGCUGGGCCGCAUGGGGCCUCCGACUUUGGCUCUCGAUUCUGCUGGCGUUGGUCCACUUGCGCCGCUCCGAAGCCUUGCACGACCGGACCUGGCCUUCCCGUUGCCAGGCGUGGCUUGCUCGAGUUCUUCUUCGUUUGCCCCUGACUUUGCCUACUUGGACUUCUUCGUGUCUGUGCACAGCUUAUGCCGCUCAGAAUCAGCCAUCCUCGCACUGGACUCCUUGUUCACGGGCUCUACUAUAUCUCUCCAAUCAGCCGCUUGGCUUGAGGCAGCUUCCUCAGUCUUUAGCUUAGGCUGCACGGGGUUCCCGGUGUCCGUGCCUGACCCCCUACGUUCAGGAUCCGUGCCACCUCCGCGGUCACUUGCAUGGAUGGGUUUCCCAUUGCCUGCCUUCGCGUACUCACGCUUUGAGCCGCCAGCGCCCGUACCGGACCUCCUCCACCUUGGUCCAGACCCAUCGACGAGAAGCCUGGCGCGUCCAGGGCCAGCGCCUUUGGCGCCAGACCUCUUAAGCACGGACUCGUUCACGCCCCUUCGAGGAAGUUCCAGAUUUGAGCUUCCAUUGUCUGUUUUCUCCAGGGCGCGCUUGGGCUCCAGCUUUUUGGCCUUAGACUUCUCGGAUGUAGGCCUUCUGCUGCCUCUGCAAAGUAUGGGUUGUCUUGGCUUCAGCUUUUCAAGCUUCUCUUGCUGCAGACUCGGAUCUUUCCCACUUGCUUUGGAUUCUUCAGAGACAGGCUUCUUGCCUUUGCUGCAGUCACUUGCCAGGUCGGACUCGGCAUUGUUGGCCUGUGGAGUAGGGCGCUCGAACUCCUCACUGUCCGCUUUGGACUCUGCGCAUUUGGGCUUUCUUCUGCCACCUCAAAGCAUGAGUCGCUCGGGACCUGUGCUGCUCGUUUCAGAUCACCUGCACAUCGACUCCUUUCUGUUGCCACGCAGCUUUGCCUGCCUGGCCCCCUCACCUUUGCUGUUCGGCAAAGCUUGCUCUGGUAGUCCACCUUCCGUGUCGGAUCUCCUGUUCUCGGGCCCACCGCUGUUUCCGCGCUCCUUCGGCCGCAGUGGCUUCUCCCUGCCAGCUUCCGGCACGUACUGCACCGGCUUGUCGGUGCCCGCCUUGGACUGCGUGUCUCCCGAACCCACACCGUUUUCGAGAUCCGCCGCGCGCAUGGGCUCGGCCGCAUCCGCCUUUUCGUGCGUGCGCUCUGACUUCUUCAUGCUGGCGCCUGACAUGGCAACGCUGGGCUUGUCGCUGCUCUUGCGGUCGAUGGGAUGGCUUGGCUCUUUGCCUCUAGCAUCCAGCUGCGCUUGUAUGGGCUUCUCGCUGCCGGUGCUGGAUCUUACGGGACUGGAGUCUGCAGCAUUCUCGCGGAGCCCUGCCUGCCUUGAGUUGGCCUCGCCAGUUCUUGACUUCUUGCAGCCAGACCUCGUCUCACCGCCUCAAAGUUCUGGAUGCUCAGGGCCUUCCUCCUCCAUCUUCAGCCGGGCCGAACCCGGAUCUUUCUUUCCAGUCACGGACCACACAGAGUUUGGCAUCGAUGUGCGACAUGGUGCGGCCUGGAAGCAACCCGUCUACAAGAAGCCUCGCGCGGUGUGGCUUGAGCGCUUCGGCCUUGGGUAUCCCUUGACUCUUGACUUGCCUCUGCCCCUCCGAAGCUUUGCGCGGCCCAGCAGCCCUACGCCUAUCUUUUCAUGCGCACGCUUCGGCUUCACAUCGUUUGUCCCCGACCGUGUCCACCUUGCGCCUUUGUCGCCGAUUCACAGCUAUGCCUGGCUGGAAUCACCACUGCCAGCUGUGGACUUUAUCCACACGGAUUCGCCAGUGUCGGCUCGCAGCCUUGCCAAGCUUGGACCCAGUUUUUCUGCGUCUGGCUGUGGAUAUCGUGCUGCAAUGGGCCUCUCAUUGAGUUUGCAAUCCCUCACUUGCAUGGACUUGGCACUGCUGGUACUGGAUUCCCUCCAGUUGGGAAGUUCCUUCUUCUCGAGGGCCUUUACAUGUCCCAGCCUGUCACCCUCUUUACUCGGAGUUUCGAGACCCGACUUCACCUUGCCAGUGCUGGACGCAGCCCAGCUCGACCUGCUGCCGCCGACUCGCUGCCUUACAUGCUUGGGUGUCGCAGUGCUGGUGUCGGACUUGGCCAACAUGGGCCUCACGCUCUUUUCACGAAGUUCUGCGCGUUGUGGAUCCUUGCUGCUUGCCCUUGACCUUCUACACCCCGAACUGCCUGUGUUCUUUAGGAGCAUGACGUGUGCAGACUUCGCAACGUUCUUGUCCGGCAAAGCUCGAUUUGGGCCUCUCUCACCAGCGCUUGACUUCCUGCGCCCCGGCCCUUCAAUGCUAAUCCGGAGCAUGACCUUCAUGGGCUUCCCUUUCUUGGCUUUCGGCCUUAGCAAGCUCGGGCCAUCCCUUCUGGCCUUGGACUUUUUGCACCUUGGUCCGGCAGCCUCUGCACGCAGCAGCGCGCACCUUGGCAGUCCCUUCCCAUCGUUCGGCAUUGGGAGGCUUGGGCCAACAUUGCCGGCGUCCGACCGCGCUGAGCCGGGCUUCAUCUCAUCGCCGCGAAGCCGUGGCUGGUCGGGCUCGCAACUGCCGGCAUUUAGCAAUUUGCGGCCGGGACUGACGCCUUUGGCCUUAGACUCUACGAAUCCGGGCCUGCCCUUGCUGUUGAGGUCCAUGGCUAGCCUAGGUUUCUCUAUGCUGGUGUCGGACUCUGCGUUCUCAGGGCCUUCUCCACUCCUUCGUUCCUUCGCGUGCGCGGGCUCUCCCUUUUUGGCCUUCAGUGCCAGCAGGCCAGGGCCUCUGUCGCCUGUAUCGGACCCUGCGUAUUCUGACCUGCCGACCUUGAUCCGAUCCUUCGUGCAGUUAGACCUCGGCUUGCCAGCCUCUGACUCCGCUUUCUCAGGAUCUUCUUUGCUGCUGAGAUCUCUGGGUUACCUUGGCUUCUCAGCUUUGACAUGGUCUACAGCUCGAUCUGGCAGUGCAGUGCUGUUGUUUGGGAUCCAGCGCCUUGAGCUGAUUCUGCUGGCCUUCGAUUGCAGCCACUUUGGAUUCACGCCUUCUUUGCAUAGCCGUGCGCACCUGGGCCCAUCGAUUCCUGCCUUCAGCUGCACUCGCAUGGACCCAUCCUCGUCCGCACUGGACCUUCUUCAGUCGGGAUUGCUGCUUUCCUCAAAGAGUUUUGGGUGGAUGGACUUGCUUGUAUUCCUCUUCGGCGUUGCCUGCUUCGAGCCCUCGUUGUUUGCGCUUGAUUCCCUUCAAUCAGGCCUGAUCAUGUCCAUUCGAUCUGUGGUGCGCCCUGACUCCACCUCCCCCACCUUCAGCACGGCACGUUUUGACUUCUUCACUUCUGCGCCCGAUUCCUUGCAACUUGGCUUGCAUCUACCUCUUAGAGGCACGGCGGCCAUGGGUUUAUUGUUGCUGCUGUUUAGGGCGGGGCGCUUCGAGAGCAUGCCGCCGACAUCGGAUUUAACGGAGUUGGGCUUGGCGCUACCCAUGCGGAGCUUUGCGCAUCUGGACCUGUCGUUCCUGAUCUCCAGCAACAUGAGGUUGGGACCUUCGGCGCCAGCUCCGGACCUCCUGGCCCUGGGCUUCUCCCCAUCCCUGCGCAGUGCUGGUUGGAUGGGCCUCAUGGUGCCGCUCUUUGGGAAAGUUUGCCCAGACUCCUUGAUGCCCGUGUGCGAUUAUGCCUAUUCAGGAUUGUCGCUCCUUCUCCGUAGCUCGGGGUGCCUUGGGUUGAAUUUGCCAGUCUUCAGCAUGGUCAGGACAGAGCUUCCCUCGUCUCUGCCCGAUUGUAAUCUCCCCGGCUUGGCGGUGUUACUUAGAGGCCUCAAGCAGCUGGGCUUGUCCUUGCUCGCUUUUAGCAGCAUCCGGCUUGAGCUGCUGGCAUCACUCCCAGAUUGUUCGCUCGUGGACUUGGCCAUGCCUUUGCGAAGCUCUUCUCACUCUGAUCCCUCGUUCUCCACCUUCAGCAUUUGUCGCAUGGGAUCUUCACCUUCAGUCCUGGAUCACGUCACACUUGGAAGCUUGCUGCCCCUCCAAAGCUCCAGUCGAUCGGGCUCCCAGAUGUCCAUCUUGGAUUUCGCAAAGCCUGGGCCUUCGCUGUCUCUCCGUUCCAUGAUCUGCUGUGGCUCAAGUCUUCUCGUGUUCAGUUCAGUUUGGAUGGGGUCGUUGCUGUUGGUGUUGGAGCGUAUUGCACUCGGCUCUUUGAUGCCACUCCAGUCCUUCACGUGCCUGGGAUCCUUGUUGCCCGUUCUGGAUUUUGCGAGGUUAGAGCCAAUUCUGCUUUUAAGGUCUCCCGGUCACCUGGGAUCUGCUCCGCCAGUGUGGGGUGCAGGUCGUUUUGACUUCUUGGCACCUGCCUCGGAUUACUUACGGCCGGGCCCUUCUACGCCCCCAAGAGGAAUUGGCCGCUUCGGAUCAACAAUCUUCGUGUCUGCCUACGCGCGACUUGAGUUGAUGCCGCCUCUCUCGGACUAUGCAUGUGCUGACCUGGCAGCAUUGGUGCGGAGAUUUCUUCCGUUGCCUCGGAGUUCCAAGUGUUCAGAGCUUCCCUUUCCGGUUUUCGGGCUUGCCCGCAUUGACCUCCUCGCGUUUCUGCUUGACAUGGCUCACUUUGGUCUUUCGCCUUUGCUGCAGUCUUCGAUUCGCAGCGGCUCCCUGACGUCGUUGUUUGGUAUCAGCUGCUCGGAGUUGUCCUUGCCUCUGCUGGACCUCCUGCAACUCGAGCCUUUGUUGCCGCCGCGCUCACACAUGCGUCUGGCUUUGGCAUCGCUUGUCGCAGGCACGUCCAGACCCGGCCUGCCACUGUUGGUGCUGGACGCCGUUAUGCCCGGCAGCUCCCUGUUUCUGAGAUCCUUGUGUCGAUCAGGCUUCCCGCUUUCAUCCUGUGGCCUGGGUUGUUCGGGCCUUCUGUCGUUCCUGUUUGGGGUUGCAUCCUUUGAGCUGCUGAUGCCUAUCAGGAGCCCUGCCCAAUCCGACCUCGCCAUCCCGAUGCUGGAGCUCGUGCAGACCGGUUCAUCUGCACUGCCGCGGAACUCUGGACGUCCAGAUCUGGCAUUCUCCGCUUGCGGAGUCAGCAGGCCAGACCCCACACUCUCCCCUCUGGACCUCACGGAUCCAGGCUUUGCGACGCUGAUUCGUAGCCAUGCUUGCCCAGGCUUGUCUGUUCUGCUGCCAGACCACGUGAUGUUUGGGCCCUCGAUGUCGACCCGAAACUUGGUGAGGAGCAUGGCCCGCUCUGGAUCGCCCUUCCCGCACUUCGGGAUCUUCCGGACGGGAUCCAGCUUCCCUCCCUAUGACUUUGCAGAGGUCGGGUCAACGACGUUUGCGCGCAGCUCUUCUCGCAUGGAAUCCGCCUCUUCCGCGUUCAGUGUGAGCCGUCUGGGCAGUCCGCCGCUGACUUCGGACUUUGCUCAUCUGGGCUUUCCAGUUUCGCUGCAUGCUGCUUCCCGCAUGGGGCCAGCGGCGCCUUCGUCAGAUUUUGCCUACCCCGGCCCUUUGACUCCGCUGAGGAGCUCUGGAAGAUUGGGGUUGAGCUUUUUGGUGUCCAGCACAACCUGCCCUGACAGCACUCUGCCACUCCUGGAAGUGGCAUGUUUGGGAUCCCCGACUUCGGUGCACAGCCUGUCCCACCUUGGCUUGCUGCUGUCACUGGCAGACCUUGUUCAGGCUGAGCCUACAACGUCUACGCAAAGCUCGGCAUGCCUCGGGUCAGCGUCCUUCCUCACGGGGCUGCUGCGGACCGAUUCCAGCAUUCCGACACUGGACCACACGCAUAUAGGGCCUGUGACGUUGUUGCAUAGCCUUGUUUACCCAGGAAGCGUCGUGCCAACAUUGGACCCUACCGAGACAGACUUCGCAACUCCUGCAAGAGGCCCUGGUCAAGUUGAACCCGUUCUGCCAGUUUUCGGAUGCACUCGGACAGCACCCUUAAUGUUGAUUCCUGACCUUACGGACCUUGGAUCUGCCCUGCCAGCGAGGUCCCUCUCUCGCUCGGACCUGGCGGCGCCUCUCCCGGAUCUUAUAUCAAUAGGCCUCCUGAUGCCGGCAAGGAUGUGUGGCCACCUGGGGUCCAGUUUGCUUACAGUCGGUGUGGCUUGCUCGGAACCAUCGGUGCUGGUGCUGGGUUUUGCCAUGUCUGGUUUUGCUCUUUCCUUGCAAAGCUGCCUUUGGCUUGGAAGCCUUCCAUCCGUGCCCGACUCCGCGGAACCAGGCUCUCCUUUGUUGCCACGUAGCUCGGCCAGGCCGGACUUAUUGUUUUUGCUGUCUGGUGUCACCCGCUUGGCUUUUUCACCGUCCGUUCUGGACUACAGCCACUUCGACAGUUUUCCUUCCUUGCAAUCUCAUGCUUGCCUUGGAUUCGUGUUGCUCUCGGCUGAUUUUGCGGUGCCCGGCUCUUCUGUCCCUUUGCGUAACUCUGGUCAGCCUGGCUCCACUUUGUUGGCAUGGCCAGCACCCUCUACACGCAGCUUUGCCCGCUCGGGUCUAGUGCCAUCGGUGCUCGACUUCAUCUCGGCGGCCUCAUCUACGUUUGUGCACAGCCUUGUCCGGUCAGGCCUUGCCGCGCCCCUCUCCGAUUUCCUUGCCUUGGGAAGUAUGCCUUCUGUGCGGUCCUUCAAAUGUUUUGGGCUGUCACUCUCCGCAUCUGGUGGUAGCCGCGCUGGGUUGGCAUUGCUUCUCACGGACUUCGUCCAUGCUGGGCCUGCGAUGUUGGCGCGGUCCUUUGCUCACACGGGUCCGCCUGCGUUCCCCUUUUCGGUUGGCCGACUGGACUUUUUGUUGCCAGCCUCUGACUUUGGGCACCCGGGCAGCUCUCUGCCCCUGAGGUCCUCGGGUCGAUGUGGGUUUCCGCUGCCAACCUCUGGCAUGUCUCGCUCAAGCCCAUUGCUGCUGGUGCCGGAUUCUACGAACUCGGGCCCGAUGCCGCCCUCACACAGCCACGCACGACCCGGACCUCUGCUGCUAAUGUCCGACCUCUUGCAGCCGGCCCCCACUCCACCUGUAAGGACGGGCUUCUCCUCACUUGCUUUAGACUUUGCGUUUCUUGGCCUGUUGGCUUCGCUGCGAAGUUACGGCUGCCCGGAAUCCACGUCACCGGCCCCUGACUACUUGCUGCUGGGCUUCCCAUCAUCAUUGCAAAGUUCCUGCAGAGCGGGUUCGGCUCCCUUGCCAUUUGGCAGGGCCAGGAUUGGCUUGGCAGCACCUUUGUUGGACUUCGUCCAGGCAGGCUCAGCUGCGCUGUCGCGAUCUUCCAUGCGGGUGGGGUUUGUGCCUUCGAUCAUGGAUCCUUCGCAGAUCGACUUGUCUCCGUUGCUGCACAACCUCGGCUGUUGUGGACCAACGCUGCCAAUCUGUGGGUUGGUCUGGAUGGCUCUGUCCCUGCCUGUGUUGGACCACAUUCAAGUUGGCUUCCCUGUCCCAGCCAGGUCAUCCUUUCGUCUCGCGCCACCUUCCCCCGUGCUGGAUUAUGUUUCCUUGAGCUCGCCGCCGCUUUUGAGAUCUUCCGUGUGCCUGGGCUUCUCGGCCUCUGCCUUGGAUUUUGCCGAGACAGGCUCUGCUGUGCUGUCGCGGGGAUUUGCGUGGUUUGACUUGCCAUUUUCAGUGUUUGGAAUGACCUGGACGGAGCUCUCCUCGCUGCCCCCAGACUUCGCUUCGCUUGGCUUGGCAAUUUCGAUGCACAGCUUUGGGCAACUCGGCUUGAUGCUAUCCAUUCUGGGCACGGUGCGUCUAAGCUCUUCCGUGCCGCUGCCGGAUUCUUCGCACUCCGAGUCCGUGACUCCCUUGCGCAGUCGUGCACGACUAGAUUCCGUACUGCUUGUGUUGGAUUUUCUGGUUCCGGACCCGUCCGCUUCCUUGCGCAACUCCGGGCGUUCAGAGCUGCCUCUCCUUGCCUUGGGAUUCAGCAGAUUGGACUUGUCCAUUUUUACCUCGGAUGAUGCAUUCCUUGGCCUGGUCAUGCCUGUGAGAUCCUUGGUGUGCCUUGGCUUCACGAUGCUGCUCUUGGACUUUAUGAUCAUGGCAUCCGCGAUGUUUGCACAUAGCCUCAUCUGCUUAGAACUCACGGCUUCCUUGCUAGAUCUUGCACAGGUUGACAGCUCAGCACCGGUCCGAAAGUUUGUCAGAACGGGCUUGGCUUCAUCUGUGACAGGUUGCACUCGCUACGGCUUGCUUGUGUCAGCAUCUGACCCCCUCCAAUUGGGACUGGCGCCCUUACUCCACAGUCUUGCGCACCUUGAGGCUUCCGUGCUUACUUUGGAGCACUGCCACGUGGGCUCGGGGAUGCCAACGCGGUCCUUUUCUCGCCCAGGAUCGCCCGUGUUGGUAUUGGAUUCUGGCCACACCGACCCGUUGAUUCCCACGCACGCCUUUGCACGUGCCGGCUCUGUGUUUUCGACUUUCGGCUGCACUUGGACGGGUCUCCCGCCACCUCUGCUUGACUAUGCACUUCUGGGCUUUGCCAUGCUGGCCCGGAGCUUCCUUCUGUUCUUGCACAGCCUGGGCCGCUUAGGAUCUGUCCUGUUUGUCCUUGACUUCCUGUUGCUGGGCUCACCCACCCCUUCGAGGAAAUGCGGUUGCCCUGGCUUUUCUCUCUUCAUAUACGGGUUUGGAAAGUUUGGGCCGCCGAUGCCCCCAUCCGAUUACUCCAACUUUGGGUUGACAUCCUUCGUCAGGGCUGUGGCGAAAUUCGAGUUCCUAUUCUUAACAUAUGGCACAACUUGCGGUUCAGCACCGCCUUCAUCCGACUAUGCGCAUGCAGAAUCGCCCUCUCCUCUUCGAAACCCUGCGCGCUUGGGGUUGCAAGUACCCUCCUUCAACAGCCUACACAUCGGAAGCUUCUUGUCACUUCGAAGCAUGGGUCGGACGGAGCCCGCCCUCUUUGCAUCCGGCUGCUUGCGUCUGAGUCCGCCAAUUCCAUCACCUGACGAUGUCCGGGUGGGACCGUUGAUGUCUUCGCGGAGCCUUGGGCACUUCGGCUCCAAGUCGUUGGCCUACGGCGCAGCCCGCUCCGAAUUCUCGCAGCCGGCUUGUGACUUUGUGAACCUCGGCCUAAUCAUGCUCUUGCGGUCCUGCGCUUGCUUGGGCUUCUCCAUGUCGCUCUUCGGCUUUGGUUGGGUGGGUUUGAGUCUGCUGGUGUCCGACUCUGCGAGCUCUGAGCCCACACCGUUUUUGAGGGGUGCAGCUACCACGGGCCUGAUCAUGUCGCUCUUCGGCAUGACUUGCUUCGAAUGCUCAGCUUCGCUCUUGGACUUCAUGGAUGCAGACUUCUUGAUGUUCCCCCGGAACUGUGCCCGGUCUGGCUUCAAGUCGCCUGCCUAUGGGGCUGGUCGUUUCGAAUUCACCAUGUCUUUGUGCGACUUCGUGAACUCAGGCAGCUUUCCUUUUGCAAGAAACCUUGCCAGCCUCGGCCCGAGAUCCCCACCAUUCGGUAUUUCCCGGUCUGAACUCUCCCUGCCAGCCCCUGACUUUGCUCUCUUCGGCUUUUUCAUGCUAACCCGCUGCUACACAAGGUUUGGUGAGCACAUCUCCGUGGCAGGCAUCGCACGCCUAGCCUCAGCAAUUAACAUGGACGAGCAAGCUUUGCUCGGCAGCUCACUGUUCGUGAAUUCCUACACGCGCACGGGUCUGUCUCCACCCAUUUCUGGCAUCGGAGUCUUUGACUUGACCAUUCCAACAUUUGACAUGGCUCAACUGGAACUGCCGAUUUCUCUGCAAAGCUCUGCUCACGCAGGUUUCGUGGUGCUGCCUCAAAGCUUCUCUCAAACGGGCUCUACCCUGCCUGAUGCCUUCCGCAAGAAGCUGUGGUCAAUGCGGCUUGUCGCCUUCACUGUUUGGCCUGGGCAGGGCCGGCCCUUCUUUGCCUGCUUCGGACUGUUCUUCAAUGGGCUUCUUGCUGCUGCUGCGGUCCUUGGCUUGACUUGGGCCGCUAACGUCCAUGUCUGGUGCGGCUGCUGUGGACCAGUGCUGUCCUUGUUUGGUAUGGGUUGGGCUGACCUGUCCUCGCCAGCACUUGAUUGCGCGUCCCUCGAUUCAACACCGCCGGUGCAGUCCUGCGCGCGACCUGAGUCUGCUCCCUUUGCCUUCGGCCUGGGCUGUCCAGGCUUCUUUACGCUUGUCUUUGACCUCCUGCAUAUCGACUCGCCUCUCCUCCUGCACACGCUCUCUUGA